CUCAUGUUAUCUGAUUCUGAGCUCACUAUGCAACAGUUGUGUGCAGCGAUGCAGUUGAACAGGUUCUUGUUCCAAGGAAUAGAAAGAACAAGAAGGUAGUUUGAUCACAUCACAAUAGUUUGAUCACAGAACACUAGUACAUUUAUCAGACUGCAGUGCCUCAACAGGACCGAUUCAACCAGGAAUGAAGGGGGCUCAACUAGACUGUCUGUGUGUGACUCUUCUACAUCUCCUACACACAGCAGGCUCUGAGAGGUUUGAGGUUCUUGGUCCAACUGAUCCCAUUGUUGCUGUAGCUGGUGAUGACAUCAUUCUGCCCUGUUACCUCAAACCCAACAUCAGUGCUGAGGACAUGACAGUGGACUGGCUGAACCUGGACUCCAAAGACGGUCGUGUCUAUCGUUACCAAAACAGAAAAAUCAUACGAGAGGAUCAGAUUCUCUUCUAUAGAGGAAGAACAUCACUGUUUGAAGAGGAACUGUGGAGGGGAAACACCUCUUUGAAACUGACCAGCGUACAAGGCACUGAUGAGGGACGUUACAAAUGCUUUAUUAAAGCAAAGAGCUGGUAUGAUGAUUUCACUAUUCAAGUCCUCGUUGAAGCUAUAGGAUCCAAGCCAGUGGUGUCCAUUGAAGGACACAGAGAGGGAGGGAUGGGUUUGCUGUGUGAAUCAGAAGGCUGGCACCCUCAGCCUGAGCUGGUGUGGCUGGACAGUAAAGGAGUCAAUCUCUCUGCUGGUCCUCCUGAGACACACAGAGACUUCAAGGGAUUCUACAGAGUCAAACAACAUGUCAUUGUCCAGGAGACUGACACCAACCGCUUUACCUGCAGAGUCCAACAGAGCCGGAUCAAUGAGAAGAUGGAGACAGAGAUUCACCUCCCUAGUGAGUUAUUUGAUUACGCAACCCCAUUGAGAAUGGCCUUCAUUGUGUUAUUCUGUCUGGGAGCUGUCACUGUGAUUGGGUUAGCUCUGGCUAUCUACUGCAUACAUAAUAAGAAAGGUGUGAUAAUAGAUCAACUCAAACUGCAGCGGGGUAAGUAGUGGUUUUAUUGUCCAUAACCCAGAUUACACACAUGACUGUAAAGAUUCACUAUGCAGACCACAGCUUCUAAUUAACAUGUUAAUGAUGUUCUC